AUGCCGAUGGUCAAGAAGCAACGGAAUUACAGAAAGAAGAAGCUAGAUUCUGACGAGGAAUCAGAUCUUCAAGUUCUGGCUAGCGAUGAUAACCAAGGUGAAGCCGAGGAUAUAAGUGCUACUAUUGAAGAGUUGCAAGAAUUAAGGCGACUACGUAAAAAACAUGGCGGCAUUGACGCUGAAAAACUGUUCAAAGGGGUGGAAAAGAAAAAGAAAAAGAAAUCCAACGACGAUGCUUGGAAUUUGAAGUUGGAAGGACUCGUGGAUAAAGAUGCUCUUCGUGCAGGCAACGACGAGGAUGGUGCUGAGAAAAAAUUAAAAUUGGACAGUUUCACCACGCAGACCAAUGCCGUGGAUGUGGAUAAGCAUAUGAUGGCGUAUAUUGAACAAGAACUGCGGAAAAGACGAGGCGAGACAUACAAAGCGGACGAGGCUGAAGAAGAACAAAAAACAGAAGGACUUAAAGAUAUUUAUGAAGAAUUAUACCGUGUUCCCGAACGGUUACAGACCGCGAAGAAGCGGCUCGAAGAAGGCAAUGUACAAUUAUCCACGCAGAUGCUCACAGCUAUUCCUGAAGUCGAUCUGGGUAUCGAUGUACGACUAAAAAAUAUCGAAGAAACCGAGCGUGCCAAACGAAAACUCAUGGAUGAAAGCCAGGAAGAAGCAAAUAAGCCUCCAGGUUAUAAGAAUGAAUUGAAUGUGCCUGCUAAUUUCGAGAAGCAAAUUCGGACACCGGAAACCAAACCAAGGCUGGAUAAACGACAGAUGGCUACUGAUGAACUUGUUGCUGAAAAGUUUAAAAAGCGUAUGCGUAAAUAA